AUGGCUACACAAGCGCACUGCGCAUAUUGUUUCGAAAGCCUUGUCGCAAGUCUCGAGAAGCGCCCUUCUCUCACUCUAGCCCAAGUCGAACACCUCUGGGCGAAAUAUAACUCGGAACCCACCACAACCUCUGAGCUCGAAGAUGAGACCGAAGCAGAACAAGCAGAACAAGCCGCACUUGCAUCCGCGUCCGCGUCCCAUCCGUUAUUCGUAACGUGGAACACAAUCUCACGUUCUGGCGACAAGCGACUCCGGGGCUGUAUCGGGACCUUUGAAGCACAACCACUCACCAAAGGUCUCUCUGACUACGCGCUGACGGCCGCAUUCGACGAUACGCGUUUCUCGCCUAUUACCACACGCGAAUUGCCAACCCUCGAAUGCGCUGUCACUCUCCUCACAGAUUUUGAGCCUGUUGACGAUGCCAUGGAUUGGGAGAUUGGCAAACAUGGCUUGCGGAUCAGUUUCCACGAAAAGGGUAGACGCUACGGGAGUACGUAUCUGCCUGAUGUUGCGAGCGAACAAGGGUGGACCAAGGAAGAAGCGCUGGUUAGUCUAAUGAGGAAGGCUGGAUGGAAUGGCAAGAAGGCGGAUUGGAACAAGGUUUCGUUGAGGGUUGUGAGGUACCAGGGGAAGAAGGUGGGGUUGGGCUGGGGCGAGUGGAGGAGUUGGAGAGAUUGGGUUGAUGAGGAGAUGGCUGAUGUUUAG